AUGGCCCCGAAGGUCCUCCCCUCCGCACCGGACGGCGCGCUCGCGCACUAUGAGAUGGGCGAGCGGCUCGGGAAAGGCUCUUUCGGCGUGGUGCACGAGUGCCGCAACCGCCACACGGGUUUCCAAUACGCGUGCAAGAUCAUCGACAAGAAACAACUGCGCGACGACGCCGACGCGGAGGACGUGCGCCGCGAAGUGCGCCUCCUAGCGCGGCUCGCCGGCCACCCGAACGUCGUCGAGCUGCAAGACGUGUACGAGGACGACGGCCACGUGUACUUAAUCAUGGAGCUCUGUUCCGGUGGGGAUCUGUUCGACGAGAUUAAGCGGCACGGGCCGUUCGCGGAGGAAGACGCGCGCGCGAUUUUCCGCCAGCUCGCGACGUCCAUGGCGUAUUGCCACGCGCAGGGCAUCAUGCAUCGGGAUAUCAAGCCGGAGAACGUGCUUCUGCUCGCGCCCACUGGGCGCCCGCCGGUCACGCCGCAGCCUGCGCUCGGAGGGGAGCAGGCUGGAGCGGAUAGCAAGGGGAAGGCGGAGGGAACGGCUGUAGUUUCCGCGCAAGGGCAAGAGCAGGGGCAGGGGAAGGGGCAGGGGCACGGGCAGAGUCCUAGUCAGGCACUGGGGCCCGUGAUUCGACACUUGAACCUCGGGUUCCUCGGUUCGUCGGCUCCCGUGCCGAUGGCGCGAGGCGGAGUGGCGAAACUCGCCGAUUUCGGGCUGGCGAUGGAGUUACCACCAGGGGAGUCCGCGGCGGGGCUUACGGGCAGCAGGUACUACACGGCGCCGGAAAUGGUGCGCGGGAGGCGGUACGGGAAGCGCGCCGAUGUGUGGUCCAUGGGCGUCGUGCUGUGCACGUUGCUCACGGGACGCCUGCCGUUUGCGGGUAAGACGCAUAACGACGACGAGGGCUUGCGGAAGUCGAUCCUCCGCGGGGCGAUCAAUUUCGAAGCGGCCGUCUGGCGGAGCGUCUCGCCGUCAGCUCGCGACCUCGUCCGGCAGAUGCUGACGGUCGACCCGCGCUGCCGGCUGAAAGCGAAGCACGUGGUUGACCAUCCAUGGCUGCUUUCUGUUGCCUGUCCCCCGCGGCUCACGUCGACAUCCCUCGUGCCGAAAGGAAGGGGGAUACCGCUUUCGGAGCUCUGCAACAGCGCAGCGCUUGCGGCAGCGGCUGCGGCGGCGGCGGCGGCGGGAUUGAUGAUUGCGGAGGCUGGGGCGGGGUUAGAACCGGAAGGGGCGAAGGCAGGCGCAAAGGUGGCGGAUGAGGGGACGGAUUUGACGGGAAGCGAGAAGGAAAGCCAUUUCGCAAAGGUGGUUCCCGAAGUGUCUGGUGCUGCUCCUGUCCUUGCGGCGACAAACGCAGCGGCGAAUGCUGUUGCCGCGUGGCAGGAGGAGGAGCAGCAGCAGCACAGGCAGAAGCUACAGCAGCAGCUGAAACAGCUGCGGGCGCGCAAGGAGAAACACCACCAUCAUCAUCAGCAGCAGCAGCAGUCACGGUCCCCAGCUGGCUCACCGAAAAAGGUUGUGCCUAUUCUCCCGCCACCUCCCGUUCUCGUCCCCGCAAGUCCCGGCUCCCCCAGUGGCUCCGAAGGAAGCGCGGGUGAGGACGACGACGACGGCUCGUAUUCGCCGGACUACGGACCAAUCGGAAGCAUCCCGCCGUCGCCUCCGGGCGAGCCGCUCCCCAUGCCCAGCCGCCCCUGCUCCCCCCUUCCCGGGCGCAACUCCCGCUCGCGCAAGCCAGGCACGCCCAGGAGCUUCCGCCGCGCGCUGUUUCCGCCAGGAGGGGGGUCUGGCGCAGCAGCGGGAGUUGGCGGGUCAACGCGGGGCGGAGGGAAGGUGGGUGCGGGGGCUAGCGGAGGGCCUGUGCGGGGCGCGGGGAUGGGUGGUGCUGGCGGUGCUGGUGGUGGUGGCGGUGCUGGCGAUGGUGGUGGAAGGGGAGGGGGCGUUUCAGGUUCUUGGCUUGUGCCAAACACCCCCCCUGCUGCGUCGUCACCCUUGGUUCUCAGGCUGCUGGGUUCGGGUCAGGGUAAAGGUGCUGGAGCAGCAACGGGACGGCAGGGAGUGGGCGCAGGUGCAGUGGCAGGAGCGGGAAGAGAUCGGGGGGGAGCAGCAGCGGGUAGAGAGCGAGUGGAAGGUGCCAGUCAAAUCAAGCUAAGCUCAGCAGCGGCUGCUGCUGCAGUGGAAAAUGCCAUUGCGGUGGUAGAAAGUUCCAUUGCGGUGGGAGGGAUGGAAGGAGGAGACGUGGGAGGGGCAGGGAAGGCAGCAGGGGAGGUGGGAGUGGGGUGCACCAGUGCUGCUUCUGGGUCGGAGACUGGUGGUUUGUCUGGAUGGCUGGCAGGGGAGGAGAUGGCGAUGCUGCGAGCUCUGGAGGAGAGACUGAGCAGGCUCGAGGCGUGCAGGGCCAUGUUCAUGCCUCCUGCUGUUGCUGUUGCUGCUACUGCAGCAGCAGCAGCAGCAGCAGCAGCAGCAGCAGCAACAGCAGCCAUGGCUCUCGGACCAUCCGAUGCAUCUCCUCCUCCUCCCUCCCACACUUCCCCCACGCACUCCUCUAUCGAUUCCCCCAGUCCUCCGCCCUCCGCCGUUCCCCCUGGCGACAGCACCUCCGCUCCUUCCGCGCUGCCUCACAGCCCGGACACAGCCAAUGGGAGCGACAAGGAGGAUGAUAUGGUGCUACAGCCGUUGGUUGACUAUGGUAAUAUGGACGACUGGGAUGAGGAUGCUGACGUGGAGGAUGAGCUCCUAAGGCCAGCUGUUGAACGGGUUAGCGAUUCGCCCUCCCGCCCUCCUCAUUCCCCCUUGCCUGCUGCGGAAACGAAAGGGGGAGAAGGAGAGGGGAGGAAAGGGGGAGAUGGGGAGAGGGAGGAAGCCCUUACCUCUGGCAACCUGCUCUCUCUGCUCUCCCUUCAUGACACCUCCCUCCCAUCCUCCCUCCCCUCGCCAUCUGUCUGCGGGCUCCGUUCCUCGUCUUUCCUCGCCCCAUAUCUUCGUAUUCGGCCCCGGGAGGGGAGGGCGCGGGGAGGAGGAACGCGCGUUUCGCGCUGGGGUGAGGGUGGCGGGGAGCAGCCUAAGGAGCAGGGGAAGGAGCAGGAGCAGAACGAGGAGCAGGGUCAGGACGAGAGUCGGUGGGAGGAGGGCAGGUGGGACGAGGAAGAGGAUGAGGAGCGGGCGCAGAGGGGAGGGAGAGGCAGGAGGGAGGGGGAAGAGGAUGACAGGAGGGAAAGACUUGAAAGGGGGAGGAGGGAAGGAUGGGAAAGUAAGGAAGGGCGGCGGGAAUGGAAAGGCAGCCAACGGGAAGACAGAAAUGAGCGGGGAAGGGAGAGGGAGAGGGAGAGGGGGAGGGAGAGGGAGAGGCAUAUGGAGAAGGGGGAGGAGUGGGAGAAGGAGCAAAGAGGAGGGUCGGAGAGGGAUAGGAGGGAUGGUGGGAGAGAGUGGGGAAGUGCAGGAAGAGAGAGGGAAGAAGGUGGAAGAGGACGAGAGGGGAGGAGAUCUGGGGACAGUGACAGGGACGGAGAGUAUUGGAAGGAAGGGCAACUGAACGGGAGGGAAAGGCGGAGAGAAGGGGGAAGAGAAGGGGGGAGAGAAGCAGGGAGAGGGCGGUCCAGUGGUUGGGAUGAAGGUGGGAGGUUGUCAAAAGGUGGUGAAGCAGAAGGAGCAGGUGCCAUUGCGCCUUUGAAGGGACCUACAGGUGAGGAUAGUGCUGCAAUGAUUGCUGCCGCAGGAGCGGUUGCUGCAAGGUUCGCUGCUGCUAAAGCUGCUGCUGCUGGGAUUGUUGCUGCAGCAGGUGAAAACACAGGGGGGUCGGUCUUGGAGGGAGGGCGUCAAGACAAGCAGGAAGGGAAGGAAGAGAAGGAUGAGUGGGGAGGGCAAGCAGCAGCAAGUGGAGCACGGAAAUGGGCCUCUAAAUGGGAUAAGACUGGCGGAACCGGUGCUGCUAGUGCUGCUGCUCCCAAUGUUGCUGCCCCUGCCCCUUCUCAGCAGCAUCUCCCCCAGCAAGCGCUCGGGGGAUGGCCCCAAGGCCAGCUGGGGGGGGGAGCGGGCGGAUCAGGGGGGAGAACGGGGGGAGGAACAGGGGGAGGGGUUGCAUCGGAGGAGUAUGACCCUCUGGCUGAUUGCAUGGACUUGGGGGAUGGGGAAGAGAGUGUAGGAGGGCCGUGGCACCAGGGACAGCAACAGCAGCAGCAGCAGCAGCAGCAACAGGGCGGUCCAGUGCCACCUCUUACCCACCAGUUUCCAUGGCAUUCUCAGCCUUUCGGGGGCUCUUAUACCAACAAUUCUGGCCCCCAACCCCAUUUGCCAGGCCAGCCUCAGUCUGCCAUGGCUCCUCAGUUCUCUCAACAGCUGCCUCCUCCCCCUCCUCCGCCUCCCCUCCUGCCACCAGCAGCACAUGCGAACCCCCCUCUUGCUCCAACCAACUCAACCACCAGCACCAGUGCCCCUCUCCAUGCUUCUUCCUUUCCGCAGCUGCCCGGUGCCCCCGCCCACCCGUCUCUCUCCGCAUCUGGCCUCUCCCCUGCCUUAGCUACUGCCCUAGCAAAUGCCGCGGCUGUUGUGGCUGCAGUAGCUGUGCCAGCAGGAGCGUCAGGCUCGUCUUUUGCUCCUGCUGUGACAGCAGGGUCAGGGGCAGGCGGAGGGGCAGCCGCAGCAGCAGCAGGAGGAGGAGGAACAGAAACUUCUCAGCUUUCGUUGGCUAUGCUGCCGCUGCCGCCGCUGCCACCGCUGCCACCACUGCCAGCAUCACCACCCGUUGAGAGUGAGCCGGAAGAUGUGCCUGGGGCCGAGAAUGGUGGGGCAUCCUCUGACGAGAAGGGCAAGUCAGAGGACGAUGUGUCUAUGGAAGUUGAUGGGAGGGAUGAGGACGAGAAAGACACUCAGGAGGAUGUGACUGGGCGGGAGAAAGGCAAGGGCGGUGAGAAGCGGAGAUCUGGGAAGAAGGAAGGGAAGAGUGGGAGCAAGCAUGGGAGCCGCAGCGGUGCGGGAGGAGGAGGCGGAGGAGGGGGGGAGGAGAAAGGGGGCGAUGGGAAGAGUAAGAGCGGGUUGAGCAGCAAGCAGGCUCUGCUGAGAGUGGGGGUUGCGGAAGUGGUAAAGGAGGCGCUAAAGCCUGCGUGGAAGGAGAGGGGGCUGUCUCGGGAGAUGUACAAGAUGAUUGCGAAAAAGGCUGUUGAGAAGGUGGUGGGGGCGGUGCAGGAGAAGCACCUGCCGAAGAAUGAGAAGCAGGUGCAGGCGUAUCUGAGCGAGCACAGGAAGGAGCGGAUCACGUCGCUUGUCCAGGUGCGUGCGUGGGUGGGUGCUGUUGGUGCAGUGGGGUUUUGUUGUGGGUUACUUGCUGAGCCGUUACCCGCUUCCUCCCCGUCAGUUGCGGAGCCUCUCGCGCCCGACGACGCUGCCGCGCGCGCAGAUGCGCCUGCACCCGACCGCGCAACGACGGCUGCUGCGCCGGACGAAGCGGCGGACCAGGUUCCGCCGGCCGGUACGCCGAAAGACGCGCUCUCCGCGGCGGCGGCGGGGGGGGCCGCUGGCGGAAAGGGGAAGAUGGCGCGGUGGCGGGGGAAGAAAGAGAUCGUGGUCGGGCGGCAGGCGGUGCGGCGCCCGCGGGUAGGCGGCGGACAUAGCGGCUCGUGGGACGUAACUCAGGGUGCACCGGGAAAGGACCCCCACCACCAGCAGCAGCCUACUAUGCAAUUCACUUACCGCUUUAACGUCGGGAAGAAACUAGGAGAGGGAGGCUACGGGCUCGUAGAGACGUGUAACGACACGACGGGAGAGCUCGGCGCGGGACCGCUAGCCGUUAAGACCAUUUCCAAGGAGGCGCUUUACGCGGACUGUCAGCGGCUCGAGGACUUCGAGGCGCGCCGCAUCGCGUUGGCGCGCGAGGUGGACGUAAUGAAUCGCGUGCGCGGGCACGAGCACGUGGUGCAAGUUAAGAAAGUGUAUAACAACAGCGAGCGCUUGCGCGUCGUCAUGGAGAUGUGCGAGGCGGGAAACCUUUUAGAGCACCUCGCGGCGCGGAUCGAGCUCCUGAGGCAAGAGCGAGGAAGCUUCGGCAGCGUCGGCGGGUUCUUCGGCUCCAGCGGCGGCGGCGGCGGCGGCAUCGGCGGGUUCGUCUUCGGCAGUGGAGGCGGAAGCAGCGGCGGCGGUGGAACAGGCGGGCGGGGCGCGCGCGGCGGGCGCGGCCCGUGGGCGGGCGGGCUCCCGGAGAACGAAGCGGCGAUAUUAUUUAAACAGCUAGUGGAGGGCGUCGCGUUCUGCCACCGGCGGCGCGUGCUGCAUCGCGACGUGAAGCUGGAAAACGCGCUUCUCUCGCUGCCCACGGGGCGGCCGGCGGAGGCGGACGACCUGGAAGCGGAACUGCGCAUGGUCUCCGCGGACAUGGCGCAAGGGGGGAACGAUGCGGCGAGGGGGGGAACGGGGGGAGCGGGCGGAGCAGGGGGAGCGGGCGGGAAUGGGCGGGGGCAAGGAGACGAGGGGGUGCUGUCGGGGGGGAGCACAACGCCUACGACAGCCAGUCCGCACCAGCGCCACCACCACCACCACCACUUUAACCUCUUCAGUAUCCUUCCCCAGGGCGCGCGGUCCCCUGCGCCCAAAUCCCCCGCUGCUGAUAAGUCCCCCAGGCUAAAAUCCCCUGAUAACUUGCCUCCUGCUGCCGCUGGUGCUGCGGGCGCGUUCGGGCGUUCCGCCUCCGCGCCAGGACCCCCGCCCAAAUCCCCCAUCAACGCGCGCCCGCCGCGCUCCCCGCGCCUCGCGGCGCCCAUCCCGCCGUCCCCCUCGGAGUCCGCCGCACCCUCCCCCGCCGCGAUCGCCGCCGCCGUGUCCGCCGGGUCGUCCGCCGUCUCCCUUGGCCUCGUGGUCAAGCUAGCCGAUUUCGGAUUCGCUAUGGUACUUCGUGAUGGGGAAACAGCCUCGGGAACAUGUGGCACUCCUGGUUACAUGGCGCCUGAGUUAGUAUCCGAGGAGAAAUAUUCUUUCCCGGUGGAUAUCUGGAGCCUAGGGGUUGUCCUACACGCGUUACUUUUCGGCGAGUUACCGCAUUACCACGAGCCGCGCGACGUGGUUACCGAGGGCGUGCCGCGCCCGUCUGCCCGGAAAUGGAAAGUUAUUUCGGAAGCUGCCCAGGAGCUGCACCAAUCAAUUCUCCAGCUGGACCCCUCCAAGCGGCCGACAGCAGCGGAGAUUCUGAAACACCCGUGGUUUGAGCAGGCUGAAGCGGCUCUGGUGGCAGGUGAAGGGGCAGAGGCUGGGGGGGGAGCAGCGGGGGACAGAGACGGGUCAAUUGGUACCAAGAGCGGGCGAAUGAAGAGUGCGAGAGCAGCGAGCGGGAGGGUGAAAUCCGGACGGAAUAUGGACUUUCUGGGGAUGAAGGCGGGUGGGGGGAAGGAGGGCGCAGGAGGGGGAGGAGGAGGAGCCGAGGGGGACGACAAGGGUUCGAUUUCUUCCCCUCCUGCUUCUCCGCGUGUGGUGGUGCUUAGGCUGAAGCUGGGAGCCAGGAAUCUGGCUCUUAGGUUUAAGUACGGUUUUAUUCCCACUUCAGGUCCUCCUAAGAAGCAUGGCCAGACAGAGGAGGAUGAGGAGGGGAAAGGAGGGAAGGAGGAUAAGGGGAUUGUGGCUUGA